AAUCCCAUUGCAGGAGAGGCAGAACGCGCAAAGGCCCGAAAGAGGAGCGGGGGGAACGCGGCGGCAGUCUAGUAAUGUAAAGCUGCGCUAAGAGGGAGAGUGCCGAAAAAGGGCACCCUGUACCUGUGGCGCGGCCCCAGGGACGGACGCGACUGGAGUGACGCGCUGGAGGCUGUUUACGGGCCUGUUAGGACCGCGCAGGGAGCGGAGGCGGAAGCCUCAGAGCUCCUCGGGGGAUGGUGCACUGAGAAGGCAUCGGGAAGCCUGGGCCCUCAUGGCAUCCAACGACGAAGGUAUGGCACCCUCGCUGGGCUCUCCCUGGGCCUCCCAGACGGGGCCCUGGGACGCCAUCCUCAAGGCUGUCCAAGACCAGCUCCCGUCUCUGGACUCAGACUCCUCCUUGUCGGACUAUGGGGAAGAGGAGCUGUUCAUCUUCCAGCGAAACCAAACUGCCCUGAUUCCAGACCUGUCAGAGGAGCUGGCUGAAGAUCCUGCUGAUGGCAACACGUCCAGGACCUGGGUCGCUGCAGCUGAAGAAUCCCUUCCCGAGGUCUGUGGGACACAGAAGAGUGUGCGCCUGUGUGUGUGCAAUCCAGUUCUGGUGCCUGCAGAAUUGGCCACAGAACCUGGGAACAGACGGAACACAAGGACAAAGGAUGCAUCCUCUCAGGAAGGAAGAGACCCUGGCAGGCCUCUUGAAAGCUCUGGUGAGGUCAGCGCUCUUCUUGGGAUGGCCGAGGAGACCCCCAGGUGGCUGGACAGCGACCUUGGAAGCCUGUCUUUCAACACCAAAGGAUCCCAGGGUCCUCCCUGGGACCCACAGGCCGAAGCCAGUCUCUCCCACCAUGAAGGAGACCCGAAGGCAGAGCCCGCCUCACAAGAAUCUGUGAACCGCCAGGCCCUCCGACAGGAGAGAAGGAAAAUGAUAGAGAAGGACAUCCUCCAGAAAGUCACCCGGGAUGCCUGCGGCCCAGCCAGCAGUGACCAAGGAGGGGUGAAGGAGGCGCCCUGCCACGCUGUGGAGUCACCUGCCAGAUCCAAAAUGCCCCUUGCAGAGCCUCCGGAGGGACCACCAGUGCUCUCACUCCAGCAACUUGAAGCGUGGGAUUUGGAUUACAUCCUUCAGAGUCUGGCGGGGCAAGAAGACAACCAGGGAAAUCGUGCACCUGGAACUGUGUGGUGGGCAGCCGACCGCCGCCAAGUUCAAGACCGCACGGUGCCGAGCGCCGACGACAGGCUCAUGGAACAGCUGGCCCUCCUGUGCACCAUGCAGUCCAGGGCCUCUGCUUGUGCCUGGAAGGUGCCUGCCGACACCCCCCAGGACACCGAGGAGGCAGGGGCAGGAAGCAGCUCCAGCCACAGCUCCUCUGACAGCGAGGAGGAGGAGGAGGAGGAAGUGGAGAUGGCAGCUCUGGGAGACGCAGAGGGGGCAUGUCCUUCCUCCCUGGGGCUACGGAGCUGUACCGGUAAGAGCCAGCUUCUCCAGCAGCUCAGGGCCUUUUGGAAGGGGAUAGCCCAGCCCAAGCUGCCCGCCAACAAGGGGCCUGGUGGCGGGAGGGCUCAGGCCCCUGAAGACACGGCUGGAUCAGGAACUGUGAGGAAGCAACAUAUGAAGCUCUGCGCCAAGGGGCAGAGCGCCCAGGCCCGACUCCCAAGAGGCAGGCCCAGGGCCCUGGGGGAUGCUCCUGAGCCAGGGGCAGCCAGGGAGGCCCUGAUGCCUCCCUUGGACCAGCUGUAGCUACCUCAGGUAGUGGGAUCCCAGGAGUGGGCAGGGGCGGGCUGACUUGCCAUGGACCAUGGGCCCCGGCGUCCCCUUGUCCCUGCAUUUCCACUAGCAGGGGCAUUCCAGAGGCAGGGACCUUCAGGCUGUGGACUGUUGGCCACCCUGUUAGAGCUCGGUCACAGAUGCAUGAACUUAGAGCAAGGAUGCAGAUACAAAUCUGUAUGUAACGUGUGACAACGGCUUUGGGAGAAAGGGGCCUGGUCCUCUGAGGGAGAUGGGCAGGGACAGCAGGGGGACGGGGUGCUGCUCUAUGCGGGACUCUUGAGACUUCGUCUGUCUCCAGUUCUGCAUUUUUUUAAACAGGCAUCUAGUAUUUCCAUCAAUAAGGUCUUUUUAAAAACCAAGCAAAACAUAGAGGAUUUCAGGGUUGAAAAAGACCUAAGCCUUAUUUUCUGGCUUCCUGCAUACUUGCUAUUUUGGGCACCUAAAUUAACACACAACACACACGCAUGCCUAUCCACACAGACCUAAUACACGUGUGUUUUUGUGUGUGUGUCUGUGUCUUUUUGAGACACAGUAGGUGCAUGCCACCACGCCUGGCUAAUUUUUGUUUUUUUUUGUAGAGAUGGGGUCUCACGAUGUUGCCCAGGUUGGUCUCAAACUCCUGGGCUCAACCCUCCUGCCUAGGCCUCCCACAGUGCUAGGAUUACAGGUAUGAGCUCCUAGCCUGGCUCUUAAUGAACUUUUUGAAAGAGGAGUAACGAGAAUUUGCUUUCUCU